AUGAGGUCUGCAGCUCGAGUCCAGUGCCCUGACUCCCACCCGCAGACACGCCAGCCAGCCAGAGAGAAUGAGGGGGCCACGUGGGGCUCACAACCUCCCCUGACAGAGAGGGGCGGUGACAAGAAGCAUCCCCCCUCUAUCCUGAGACCCAGGCGGCAGGAAUAUGGGUGCCAUGGGGCUGAGCCACAAAGGACUUCAAGGCAUGUGCGGUUCCGAGAACCCCUGGAGGUGGCCGUCCACUACAUUGCCUGCAGGGACACCACAGCCUCCGUCAAGGUGCCCAGAUGGUCAGCUUCCCACGGUGGCUCUUCGCUCCAGUCAGCACCCUGCAGUGGAUCCCUCUUCCUGUGGUUGACUCUGUGCGUUCUGCUUGGAGUGGUGCUGGGUCUGUACUGUGGCCAGGCCAAACAUGUCACAGUGACCCUGCAGGACCUCUGGGAUUGGCUCCUCGUCCACAUCUUGCGCCUGUGGCAUGUAGUUCUUGCAUGUUGGCACUGCCUCCUGAAGCUCUGA